AUGAAGGUGCUGGUGAUCAACGAGGGCUCGCUGAGCGACUUCGAGGUGCUGUCGCUCAUGCAGGAGCGCAAGGAGCAGCGCCUGCACAAGUCGGCCAUGGUCGAGUACGCCGAGCGCAACUGGAUGGACCACAAGGUGCUCAAGUUCCUCACGCAGAGCCACUCGCACUGCUCGACGCUGAGCUCGAGCUGCAUCCAGGACUUCCUCAAGGAGCUGGCGCAGGCCGAGCUGCCGGCGCUCACGUCCGCCGAGAAGCUGCAGUUCAUCAACCACAUCCCCACGGAGCUCGUGGACAUCCACCUCAUCAUCGAGGACUGCGCAGGCCGCUUCUCCGAGACGCAGGUGGACGAGCUCAUCCGCAUCGUGGAGCGCACACUGGCGGCGGAGCUGUUCGAGCAGCGGCGGAAUGCAGAGGCCUCGCAGGCGACGGAAGGCGCAGGCGAGACCGAAGAGUAG